AGAAGACAACAUUGUUCAACACCCUGACGUUCUCUAGUCUGAGUCCAGGUGUCAAGUACUCCUUCCACGUUUGUACGGUGCUGAAGAACGGGACCAAAAGCAGGUCGGCUGUGACAUAUGCCCUCACAAAGCUGUCCUCCCCCGGAGAGAUAACAGUUCACUAUGUUGGCAGUGACUCUGUUUCUCUGAGCUGGCUUCCUUCUGACCCGGCAUGGAGGUACGAGUUGACCUACUACUUCCACACCCAGAGAGAGAUCCGGUCCAUCCAAGUCUCCAACAGCGCAGAUGUGAAAUUUCUGUACCCAGGMACGGAGUACACUUUCAGCGUCACAUCGGUCACUGAAGAUGGUAAUCGGAGUUCGGCAGUCACAAUGUCCAUGUAUACAAAACCUGUGCCACCGGAAAAGAUAAAGAUAGAUCGUGUCAGCAGUGAAUCAGUUUCUCUGAGUUGGGACAAACGUGUUGGUGUUCCUGAGGCAUGUCUCGUGAUCUGUUCCUGUGAUGGUAAGGAAGUCCAGAAUAAGACAACAGUUUUCAAUAUGCUGACGUUCUCUAGUCUGAGUCCAGGUGUGAAGUACUCCUUCCACGUUUGUACGAUGCUGAAGAACGGGACCAAAAGCAAGUCGGCUGUGACAUAUGCCCGCACAAAGCUGUCCUCCCCUGGAUAUAUAACAGUUCACUAUGUUGGCAGUGACUCUGUUUCUCUGAGCUGGCUUCCUUCUGACCCGGCAUGGAGGUACGAGUUGACCUACUCCUGCCACACCCAGAGAGAGAUCCGGUCCAUCCAAGUCUCCAACAGCGCAGAUGUGAAAGGCCUGUACCCAGGGACGGAGUACACUUUCAGCGUCACAUCAGUCACUGAAGAUGGUAAUUGGAGCGCGGUGGUCACAAUGACCAUGUACACAAAACCUGUGCCACCGGAAAAGAUAAAGAUAGAUCAUGUCAGCAGUGAAUCAGUGUCUCUGAGUUGGGACAAACGUGUUGGUGUUCCUGAGGCAUGUCUCGUGACCUGUUCCUGUGAUGGUAAGGAAGUCCAGAAYAAGACAACAUUGUUCAACACCCUGACGUUCUCUAGUCUGAGUCCAGGUGUCAAGUACUCCUUCCACYUUUGUACGGUGCUGAAGAAUGGGACCCAAAGCAAGUCGGCUGUGACAUAUGCCCUCACAAAAACCCACCUGGGGAGUUUGCUGCUGGACCUGGGUUUGGCGCAACACUAUAUUGAGAAGCUCACCCUGAGCACCGUGCUGCAGAUUGAUGAAAAGACCGUCACAGAUGAACCAGCUCAGACUCACUCAGCCCUACCAUGGACUUUCCUAAAGAGGCACUGACAACAAUCAACAAGGAAUCUGUUUUCCGAUGCAAACUGCAGAAUAUUGCCUCUUGAAGUCAACACUUUUUUUGUGAAUCUUCUACAUUUAAAUAAAUGGUAGUAUUUACAGAGAAUAAUUUUCUAAUUUUGUUUUGUAUUUGUGCUAAUAUUCAUUUACAGUUUGGGGUUUUUAUGUGGUUUUAUCUUUCAUUUUUCUGUAACAUUGGGUUUGGUAAAAUCAAGCAUGGUCUGACAUUUAACUUAAACUUCUGUGAUUCAGGAAAGUGUUGAGAAACCAUUGAAUUGGAAAAUUGGGAGAAUAUAAUACUUUUCUAAACUUUUUGCUUUUCUAAGAGACUUUUGAGAUGAUAUUGUUCCUGUGAAAUAUCAGUGCUUAGCUAUUUGUAGUAGCUGAAUAGUAAGAUUAAAUUGGGUACUUACAAUACAAUACCCUGAAGUACACACACAAUCAUCCUGAUGCCUCCUACUGUCAGGGUUGGGUUCAAUUCAAUUUAAAUUCCGGUCAAUUCUAAAAGUGAACCAAACGCCAAUUCAAAUUCAAAUUGUUCCUAAUUGAAGUGAUCUGGAAUUGGAAUUUUAGUGUACUGUACAUCCUGAUCUGACGGGAGCUGAAAUGCAAUUGACCCCAACCCAGCUUAAUGUAUUAGUAUUUCCCACCAAAUAUAUUCCAUAAUAAACAAAUCACUUUCUUGUAUAAUAUAUCAAUGGAAAAUAAUCUUAACAGUGAGUCCUUGAACUGGUCCAGUUGGUCAAUGAGGAGGCGCAGUCAACACCAGCUAUGAUUGUCUUUGAACAAAGUAGGCUACACCAACUGUAGUAAAUAUUCCUUUUUAAAAAUGUUUUCAAUGAUUAUAUAUUUAGAGAAAUUACUUCCAUUGAAUACAACACAAAAGCAGCACAUUGAUUUUCAAGUGAGGGUCAAUGAAUUGAUAUACUGGACUUCCAGCUGAAUGUAUCAAAUCAAGUAGCUUUUUAUUGCAGUGGAGCACAAACAACAUGGCACAGUCAUGAGAGAAUGAAAACAUAAAAGUCAAGUUUAAUGCAAUACAUUUCAUGUUGUAAUUGUACAUGGCCUCUAUCAAAUAAACAUACUAAAAUUCAAAUAAACCAUUACCUUCAGAAAUUCA